UAAAAGGGUCCACCGUGUUCCUCUAGAUCGCUAAAUGAAGGGUUUCAUAACAAUGCGCGUUUCAACGUUUCAGGCACCGUCACUCAACCCUUCGCCGUCACUGCCUCCAUCCAUACGCCGUUUGAAACUCCACAAUGUCCCAAACGCCGUCUCCUCCCACACUCACAGGCCCCUCCGCAUUCGCGCCAUGGACGCGGCCCAGCCCUUCGACUACGAGUCCAGAGUGGCCCAACAGUUCCACGACUCGCAGAAGCUCAAGAUCGCCAUCGUGGGCUUCGGCAACUUCGGGCAGUUCCUGGCCCAAACCCUCGUCCGCCAGGGCCACACCGUGCUGGCCCACUCCCGCUCCGACCACUCCCGCGCGGCCCGCCAACUGGGCGUCACGUUUUUCGCGAACCCUCACGACCUCUGCGAGGAGCACCCCGAGGUGAUCCUCCUCUGCUCCUCCAUAAUCUCCACGCAGCGCGUGCUCCUCACGCUCCCGCUCCAGCGCCUCAAGCGCAGCACGCUCUUCGUCGACGUUCUCUCCGUCAAGGAGUUUCCCAAAACCCUCCUCCUCCACGCGCUUCCCUCCGACUUCGACAUUCUCUGCUCUCACCCCAUGUUCGGCCCCGAGAGCGCCUCCCACGCCUGGACCGGCCUCCCCUUCGUCUUCGAGAAGGUUCGAAUCGCCGACGAGGACCACCGACUCGCGCGCGUGGACAAGUUCCUCGACGUCUUCGCCAGGGAAGGGUGCAGGAUGGUGGAGAUGAGUUGCGCGGAGCACGAUAGGUUCGCGGCGGGGUCGCAGUUCAUCACGCACACCGUUGGUAGGGUUUUGGAGAUGCUUAUGCUGGAGUCCACUCCGAUUAACACUAAGGGAUAUGAGUCUUUGUUGAAUUUGGUCGAUAAUACUGCUAGGGAUAGCUUUGACCUGUAUUAUGGCUUGUUUAUGUUUAACAAAAAUUCGCUUGAGAUGUUGGAGAAGAUGGAUUUCGCUUUUGAGGACCUGCGGAAACAGCUCAUGGGACGGUUGCAUAAUGUUGUCAGGGAGGAGUUGUUUGAUAGUUCUAAGAAGGUGCACAGUUUGCAAGAUAACUAUGAACUGCUCAAGGUUCCUCAGAAUGGAUCUGAACCUGCACUGUCGAAAUUGAGAUUUGGUGAUGUUGGUAAACUCGUCAAAUACAAUUCAAAUGGUUCACAUCAUUCUGAUGACAAACCCAAGCUUAAGAUUGCAAUUGUUGGUUUUGGUAACUUUGGUCAGUUUCUUGCAAAAACUAUCGUGCGACUUGGUCAUCAGGUGUUAGCAUACUCUAGAUCAGACUACUCUCAUGUGGCUCAAGAAUUGGGGGUUUCAUAUUUCAAUAAUGUUGACGAUCUUUGUGAACAACAUCCUGAAGUGAUUUUACUUUGCACUUCAAUCCUUUCCACGGAGAAAGUUCUUAAAUCCUUGCCUAUGCUGAGAUUGAAGAGAAGUACUUUGUUUGUUGAUGUACUUUCUGUCAAAGAAUUUCCUAGAAACUUGUUUCUUCAACAUUUGUCACCUGAUUUUGAUGUUCUCUGCACUCAUCCUAUGUUUGGGCCAGAGAGCGGAAAAAAUGGGUGGAAUGGUCUUCCUUUUGUUUAUGAUAAAGUUAGAGUAGGAACAGAUGAAGCAAGAAUGUCACGAUGUGAUCGGUUUCUUGAAAUAUUUUCUAGUGAAGGGUGUCGAAUGGUUGAAAUGACAUGUGCUGAACAUGAUUGGCAUGCAGCUGGAUCACAAUUUAUUACACAUACUACAGGAAGAUUUUUAGAAAAGCUAAAAUUGGAGGCUACACCAAUUGACACAAAGGGCUAUGAGACUUUGUUGAGUUUGGUGGAAAAUACUGCUGGAGAUAGUUUUGAUUUAUACUAUGGUCUGUUCUUGUAUAAUAUAAAUGCCAUGGAGCAGUUAGAAAGAUUCGAUUUGGCUUUUGAGUCAUUGAAGAAGCAGCUUUUUGACCGUCUACAUGAUGUGUACCGAAAGCAAGUAUUUAAAUAUGAAGAGAAGCUCCAUGAUUUUUCAGAGAGGUCCAUGUUGCUUAGGAUAUCUGAAGAUAAUAAUCCAGGGUCAUCUUUUUCUAAUACUGUGGACAAUAAAUGAAAUUGAUUUACCCGACUUGCCUCUCUUUGAUAAUUAUCUGGAUCUUACUUAAUUUGUUAGUAGAUUUAUAUAAAUUUGUCAUUUCUAGAGGCUUAUAUGCAGUUUUUUUUGAAGUUGUGUUGAUCUGCUUAUUGAGAUGAAAACAAAAAUGAGUUUUGAAAUUUUGGAUUUAUAUUUUAAUCCCCAGAUAUUUUUAUUUUUCAACAUUUUUACUCUGUUCCUAUUUUUAUCUUGCUGAAUUGACACUUAAAGGAGCUCGCAUGGUCAUAUUUUUGUGUCCCAUUGUUCAUGACAAUGAGUGCAAUAGAGUUAUAAAUGUAUAGAAUCUUUAGAUGAGAGUUUGAUCACUCUAGGAAUGAUUUAGGAAUGCAAAUAUUUACUUCAUUGUUGUCCAUCUGAAAGUUGGAUAAGAUCCUUUAAAGUUUAAACUAGUAUGAUCAUCUGAUACUAAAUGGCCUUGGUAAAGGAGAGCUUAGAAAAUUGAAGCAGGAGAUAAAUAUAUGGUUAUUUCUCGUUCAAGUUUAAUUUAUCUGUCAUCAAUAGUCAGUUUAGUGUGUUUGAAUGUUGACUAAAUUCAGGCUGCUCUGAAUUUGGUUUGGGGAAGAGAGAGAGAUUGUGAUCAAGGGUCAUCUUUUACCUGAUAGGUAUUGGGGAUUUCACUCUUUAAUUUAGUUAUCACUUGGAAAAUAAUUCUGGUUCUGGAAUUACUAUUUCUUUUUAUUCUUCCUGGAAUCACUCUACAACAUACUCAGUUUUGUGUUGUAAUGCUUCAAAUCGUAAUGUGUAAAAUCUAGCUAUUAUUUUCUAAACCAUAACUGAGAGAUGGAAACCAAAAACCAAACACACAGAACAUCGAUCAAGUUCUUCCCAUCUGGGUGUCUGUCUAUAUGGACAUAAAUCUUCAACUUGUGAAAUUGACUGUACAAUAAUUAAUACAGCAACCACUUUUUCCUUUGUGAUUUAUUAUGGCAGAAGAUUAAGGUAGCAUGCACAUAGCGACGUGUGCUUCUGCCUUGUGGAGUUACAUACAAAGUUUGAGAUUGUUGUCCCGGAAUAGAAUCACGAAGGAAUGAAAAUUGUGGCCAUGGUGCGAGAGAUUGGAGCUUCAAUCUUAGUGGUUGAAAUUCAUGAUCAUAGUUUUCUUUACAGGUAAGUCCUAUGCCAAAUGUUUCAGUUUUGAACACAAUUUCAUGAAGUAUUAUCAGUACAGGUAAGUCCUAUGCCAAAUGUUUCAGUUUUGAACACAAUUUCAUGAAGUAUUAUCAGUACCAAAUUCAGUAGUUGGGGUGCAUGAUAUUGAUGAUGUGAUCACUAUCUAAUACAUGAUUACCUUUCCUAUCCUCCUAAAACAUAUUAGUUGAUUGAAUGUUUUGCAAACAUAAAAAAUAAUUCUUUAGUUUCAGUAAGUAAUUAUGAAGGUAAGGAGUUACUCAUCAUUUCAUCUCGGGAGUUGUCUUAACAGAGCUAUUUAAAUCCGGAACAAUGCUAUCCGAAUAGGGCAAAGAUAUAUGCAUUUGGGUAAGAACCGUAAGAUAAUUAAAGCGUUGCCUCCACCAAUUAGAGUUACGGAAACUAUUCAACUACAUUUGAAACACCCGUUGAUUCGUUUUACUAGUAUAUAAGUUUUGCCACCUUUUUGCUUUUGUGUGUGACACUUGGCGUUUUUGCGAAUAAGUUUUUUGUACAGACUUCUGCUCAGUUCUUCGAACUUCCUUUUUACUUCAUGUCUACCAAACAAUGUGUAAACAGUAACUACCACAUACUUUCUUCCUCUUCCCUCCAUCUGACUUUUGUGCUACUGAACGGAGCGUAAGUGUGCAUACUAGUGUUUUCGUUAAUCUUCUAUGUUUAUUUUUCCUUAUUUUAAUAGCUUUGCACAACCUAUUUUGCAGGAAAAGCUUCAACUAGAUAUUUUGGAUUUUUGAAGAAUAUGCUUGAGCCACUUUUUGAUGGAAGCCUGCCAAAUAUGAACAUAUGCACGGGAAUUUUGAAGAUUUUGAAUUUGAAUGGUGUACUGAGUUGAUACCAUUAUAUUAUUUUAGGUGCAAUUAGUUUUAGCAAAGAUUAUUUAGCAUCUCAUUCAGUUGUCUUGCUAUGCAGUUUUCCUUACACCUAGCUAAGGAUCGGGUUAAUAGGUUGCCAGUGUACAUGUCCUUAAGACCAUUUUAAGUUGAUUUUAAUUUUGUGCACGGGUGAAUGUCCAUCUAAUUUUAAAUCGGUGCAUUGACACCAAGAUAAUGACUUUCUUCUCAA